AUGAAGCUGGGCGCGGCACGUUUGUGGCGGCGCCGCACCGGGUUGCGGAAGCGGCCCGUGUGCCUGCUCAUGGAUAUGGCUCUGUACAUCAGCUGCUUACUCGUGAUGUGGUGGCUGCUGAGAUGGCUCAAGCGCUCGCACCCGCUGUCAGAGGCACAGCUGGUGCGCCGUCUGGGACCGAUCCCCCAUCCGUGGGCCGUGCUGGUGCAGCACGAGGGUGCCGUGACACGCCUGAGCACGAGGACAUUGGAGGAGGAGCGGCUUGCGCGGUGCGACAGUGGCCCGACGGUGCGCGUGAGUGCAUGCAAUGAAUCGCUGGUUCUCUCUCCGCACAUGCUGCCCUCGUGGACACUGCACGUUGUGGAGAAGGACUGCGCGGACUGCACCGACCGACAGACGCACGACAGCGCUGUGGAGGGCGUAGAGUUGCAGCCGCGGCACGCCGUGUACGCGACGCCGUUUGCACCGCUGGGUCGUGUCGGGCCGAUGCUGCUGGCGAUGACGAGCGUGACGGACGACGUGAGUGUGCGCACGGAGCUGCCGCAGUGGGAGUGGCUGCGGCACGUGUACGGUGACGGGUUCCCGACCGUGGGCGACGCUGGCGAGGGGGCUGCGCCGCCGCGGACACCGUAUCUUGCCGUGAUGGGGAUCCCAUCGACGGAUCAGCCGGCGCGUGUUGCCCUGCGUGAGGCACAGCGCAGCACGUGGCUGACGUACCAGGAGGUGGCGCGCACGGAGAACCACUUCGACGCCGCGCUGCUGGCGCUGUACGUGUUCGCCGCGGUGGAGCCAGGGGCGUCCCUGGAUACGCCGAUGAGUGGACAGGCAACGCCAGCCGAGCCCAUGAAGCGGAUGGCGGACGCCGACGACUCCACCAAACUCUGCUACAAUAGGAGUGCGCUGCUGCCAAGCUUCACAGAGUACGAUGCGGCCUCGCAGGCCCUCGCGGCAGGCAGCACGACUGCUGGUCUCGUCGUUGAUGACGUCGAACGCCGCCGAGUGGCCCUUCGCCGUAGUUGGCAGCUCGACGAUGUUGUGAGCUCUCCCUGUGAUCGAGUUAUCCGAGUGUCUCAGGCGGAGGAGGGAGCCGCCAUGCCCGCACUGUCGUACCUGAGCGGCGCCCUGUCGCUCCCCGUGACGCCCGCGUUCACGUCGCCGGCGGAGUACAUCUGCCACGCGUCGUCUGCGCUGUGGCAGGAGGCGCUGACGCACCGCAACGUCGUGUGGAUCGACAUGAUGACGGACCGCCGGCCGACCACGAACAAGAAGCUUGGCGAGGACGGGAAGUGGGGCCUCCCCGUGGAGGUCGGGAUGAGUCAGAAGCUGAUCCUGUGGCUGGAGUACGCGUACCACGCCUUCAGGGAUGUCCCCUUCAUCAUCAAGGGGGAUGACGACGCGUACAUGAAGGUGCCGCAGUUCCUGAGCGAUGUGCGGUACGUGAUGGGUGGCACGCAGGCCCGAGAGGCAGCGCCGCCACGUCGUCGCUGGGUGGACGGUGUGGGUGAAGGGGUGGUAGAGGUGGAAGGGGCGACGAUGGCGGCAGCACCGACAGCGGCAGGCACGGACGUGUACGGCAACGUACUGCCCCCGCUGAGAGCACGGUCGCUGGUGGAAGAGGCGGAGUGCGUGUACUGGGGUAGCCUGCGGCAUCAUCUGAACACGCAGUUCAACGCCGGCAUGACGUUCAUGAUGCAUCGUCGCGUGGCACAAGCGCUGCUCGAGCCGAAGGCGAGCAGACGCCGGCUGGACAUUGUGCGCCUCGCUGCAGAGGACUUCACCAUGAAGCGCAGGCUGACAUACCGGCGCAUCAUGUUCCAUCAUGAGGACAUCCUCAUGGGGCUGCAGAUCUACGGCGCCCUGCCACGCGUGAAGGAGUUGUGUCCGAAUGGGCGGCUGUGGUACGUGAAGGAGUGGUAUGCGCGGUUUCACGACAUACACGUUGGGCGGACGCACAACGUCACGUGGUCGACGGUCGUGGCGCACCGCUGUCGUCCGUCGGACUCGUAUUACCUACACUAUUACUUCCGUGAAGAGCACCGCAUCGCAGCCGCCGCGGGCAAGUACGCCACAGAGGAAGAGCACGAGGCGGCGGCGGUCGAGAUGGCGGCGCAGUGGGUGACCGAAAUUCAGAAAGACCCCCUCAUGAUGGAGUUCAACUGGAGCGGGCUGCCAGACGUACAGUGGGCGCGCAACAUCUCCCGGCGGCCACCAUUUACGUUGGCCGUCGGCGACGGCGUCGCGGUAUACGAGAACCGCUACGAGUACUGGACGCAUGAGGCAACGAACAUCCAUGACGGGUAUCGCUCGCUACCGCAGUGGUGA